AUGCGCAUGACCGGGAACCCAGCAGCUGCACCAGAAUUGGCCGUCUCCAUUAUGCAAACGAAACUGCAGACGUACUUGAAGUUCAACGAGACGUAUCCUGGAUUUGGGGGCUCGCUGCCCUGGUUCACGUCCACCUCCAAGGACAUCACGCCGACAUCGGACUGGAACAACCGGGUUCCUGCGCUGGACAAUGGUGAGCUUUUCUGGGCCGUCUAUGGCUUCAUCCAAGCCUUAGAAAAUACCGGCAGCCCCGCCCAUGCCAAGUUGGCCAGCCGGUGGCAGAACUGGAUGGACUACACCAAGACGACCGCGGCCAAGAUCUUCUACAAAGGAAACGGCCAAGUGUGCGCGGUGUCAAGCAUCAAGAACCAGUCUCUGCCCGUCGACCACCCUGACCAGGGAUACGCCUGCGAAGGCACCGGCCGGCUCAACGAUCCCUACGAAGGCGAGCUCUUCACCUUCUGGCUUCAGUUCUUCGGUGGGCUGUCCGACGCCGACGUCGCGGCGAUCUGGGCUGCGAAGAAACCCCAGCUCGUGAGCGUCGAUUACCACAUGGGGAACAUCGGACCCAUCACCGUGCAAAAGGGGUACUGGUUCUCAAGCCACGAGCAAUGGAAGGCAUUGGAAAUGCCGUACUACGACGUCGACAUCGUGCGCCGCGUGUUCAAAAACGCCGAGCGCGUCCGAACCUGCAACGCCGUCCUCACCAACGUCCCGGGCCUCUUCGCCUCCAUCAACAACAUCACCGACCCGGCAACCGGCCACGUCACAGGCUACAUCUCCAACACGGGCAUCCCGUCGAUCUCGUUUCUGUCCAAGCAGGAACGCGACGUCGUCACGCCCUACGGCGUCUACCCGACAGUCCUCGUCGACAAAGCGGUCGGGCUGGCCUGGUGGAGGAACAUGGUUGUCGCUAAGAAGAUGCAGAAUCCAUACGGUAGCACCGAAGGCACCCGCGUCGACGGAAAGGGCGUCUCCGCGCUCGUCACCUGGGACAGCAAGAUCACCACCGUCACGGCGAUCCUGGGCGGAGUGACGGAUCUGGUGCGGCAGAAGAUGAAGGCGGAUGGGAUCUAUGAGGAAUUCGUCAAUAGUAUCGAGGAAGCAUACGUGGCUGUCUUUACCGAGCUCAAGGGCGAAGAUGUCCCCCUGUGUCUGCCGAGGGAUGACGUGCCUGAUACCGGGCUGCAGGAUUUCACGUCGUGUCGGUGA